GUUCCCUGUAUGAUCGGCGUCGGUGUACGAGGUGCGACUGUGUCUGUUAGCUGCCCAGCUAGCACCAGCGGUGCCAACAACGCCUGCUUUCGAGGAGUUGCGAGAGCUGAGACGUGUUGGUGGCUACCACAGCCUCUUUUUAGCGGGCGCGCGCUUCUGGGCGCCGAGUUCCUGCCCGUUUUGGUUUGUGCUGGACUCAAAAGUUGGCAUUUUGGGCGCGGACCCGUCGCUUGUCCACGGGUCGAGAAAAGCCUUCUCCCGAGCUUUGAGCGUAAGAAUACCAGCGGCAAAGACCGCCGCAAAACGGGCGGGUUUUUGCCAAAUUUAGCAGAAGCCAAAAGGGUGUAUAUACAGCUGGCAGCGACUCAGACGAUGGAUUCGCAUCGCUAACAGCCUACUCUGAUAGUAUACUACAAGCUUCGCUUCAAACAUAGGGCCAGAUCACCUGCCACAUGACAAAAGUGACCCAUUGCCUCCUCUGGUUCACCGCGGCCUGCGUCUCCGCUAUUGCGACCGCCGCGACGCAUGACAGCGCCGCGACAGCCACGCACGACGUCUCAAAGGCCUGCAUCCACGUCGACGAGACGGCGCCGCCGUGCGCGAACGACGCGACGCUCUUCGCCUUCGUCGGCAGCGCCAAGGGCAGCAAGUUCGUCCAGAAGGACAACUGCGCGACCUGCGUCUGCGGCCGCGACGGCGAGGACGAGUGGCGCCGCCUGAACAACGCGUCGCGCGCCGCCGCGGCGAACCCGGAGCCGUCGUGGGGCCGCUGCUGCGCCGGCUGGAACGGCACGGCGUGCGACGUCUGCGCCGACGUGGCCGCGUGCCCGCGCCGCGGCAAUCAAAGGGCCCGGAACUGCUCGGCGGGGGCCGUCGAGCCCGUCGCCGAGGAGCUGGUCAGCGGCAAGCGCUUCUCGUGCAGCGUCUGCGGGCCCGGCGCCGCGAGCACCCUGUGCCUGCUGCCGACGGUGAACGCGCCGAGCGCGUCCUUCGACCUGACGGCCUUCGCGGACCACGCCGAGGUCGCGUGGCGCCUGGGCACGUACCGCGCGGACGCGGCCAAGUUUCCGGGCCAGAACGACUUCGACUACGCGGCCUACUUCACGGGCAACCUCACGGGCUGCCAGUUUUCCCAGGGCACGUGCGCCUGGGACCCCGCGAAGCGGUGCCUCACGCUCAAGUGCGCCCGCACGCACAUCGACUGCCCGCCGGCGGACCUGCCGCGCUGCCCGGGCUGGACCUACGACGAGUGCACGCACAAGUACGUCUGCGAGCACGAGUGCGCGACCAAGUCGCCGACGGGCUGCUGCCAGGCGGCGCCGGGCACCGACGACGACGUCAUGCACGGGAAGCGCUACCACGUCGAGAACCCGCUCUGCUGCCCCUACGACCACGCCGCGGACGACGACGACGGCGCCUUUGCGGACGCGGGUGCCGGCACGUGCGAGUCGACGGAGGCCGUCUGGAACGUCGUCGCGACGGAGUUCGUGUGCGAGCUCGACGCGGUCGACGGCGCGCCGCCGUCGGCGAGGCGGUGCUACCUGAACCAGGACCACCUCGGCGACGAGAAGGGCUUCCCCUUCACGCGCGGCGCGGCGUUCGAAUCCCGCGGCGCCUUCAAUUCCGCUAGCCGGCGCGGCGGUGCGGGUCUCUCGAGCGAGGUCGUCGCCUCCGGUCAUCGCGAUGCACACGCAGGUGCCACGUCGGCAACUGCCUCUACGACAACGCCACGGCGGCGCCCGACAUCCCCGUCGUCGACCACGUCCACAGGCCGCAGCCCGCGGUCUCGGCGUGGACCUUCGACCUGCGCCGGCCCGUCGAAACGCUGCACGCGCACCAGUUCGCGCUCCUCGCCGCGGCCCUGGCGCUGGUGCUGGGGCUGAGCCUCCGCGCCUUCCUGACGAGCCCGCUCCGGCGCGAGGGUAUGAGGAUCGAGGGCGAGAUCGCGCUCGACUUCGCGGCGGCGGAGGACGACGAGGACGAGCUCGAUUCUAGUGAAGACGAGGGCCUGGACCUCGCGUGGCGCGGCGUGGGCCUCGCGUGUGGCGCGGCGCUCGUCGUGAAGCGCGCGGACGGGUGCGCGCCCGCGGGCGAGGUGGGCUGCGUCAUGGGCCCGUCGGGCGCCGGGAAGUCGUCGCUGCUGCGGGCCAUCGGCGGCCGCGCGCCGCGGGGCGCGCGGCAGCGGGGCGCCGUCGAGGUCGGCGGCCGCGUCCUCGGCAGCCGCGCGCGGCGCGCGACGCUCGCGUUCGUCGAGCAGGACGACUCCGGGCUCCCGCCGACGCUGACCGUGGCGGAGCACCUCCUCUUCCACGCGCGCCUGCGCCGGCCCGCCGACGAGCCCGCGAGUGAAAGAAUUCGGGCCGUGCGGCGCGUGCUCCGCGCGCUGGAGCUCGAGGCCUGCGCCGGCACGUUCCUGGGCGCGCGGGGCGCCGACGACGAGGCGCCCGCCGCGCAGCGGGGCUGCUCGGGCGGCGAGGCGCGGCGCGCGUCGGUCGCGGCCGAGCUGCUGGGCGCGCCGGCGGCGCUGCUCCUGGACGAGCCGACGUCGCGCCUCGACGCGCGCGCGGCGCUGCGGCUCGCGCGCGCGCUCGGGCGCGUCGCGCGGCGCGGCGGCGGCGGCGGCCGGCCCGUCGCCGUGCUCUGCACGCUGCACCAGCCGCGGUCCGAGAUCCUGGCGCUCGUCGACCGCUGCUGCUUCAUCCACGCCGGCGUCGUCGUCUGGCGCGGCGCGGCGGCGGACCUGCGGGCCCUGGCGGCGCGGCUCGGACCUCCGGGCGCGAACCCCGGCGACGCGGUCCUCGACGCGCUCUGCGCGGACCCGGCGAGCCUCGGCGACGCGCCGGACGACGUCCGCGCCCGGCAGAUCGUGCCGGCGGCGGCCGUGGCCGGCGCGAAGUUUAAGAGGGCGGACCGCCGGACGCAGCUGCGCGCGCUCUGCGACCGGCAGCUCCUGCGCGUCGCGCGCGCGCCGGCGUCGUUGUGUCUGCACCUCGCGGGCGCCGUGCUGGCGGCCGUCUGCCUCGGCACGGUCGACGCGGACCUGCCGCGCGACCUCGGCGGCGCCCAGCGGCGCGUCGGCGCCAUCUUCUUCGCGCUCUUCUUCGUGACGUGUUUGAGUUUGAGCGCGCUCGCGGCGUUCCGCGAGGAGGCGGCCUGCGCGGACGGCGAGCGCGCGGCGCUGGGCGGGCUCUACGGGCGCGCGGCGCACCUGGCGGCGGUGCUCGGCUGCGACCUCGUGCUGCUGCGCCUCGCGCCGGCGCUCGCGCUCGCGCUCGUCGUCUACCCGGCGGCGGGCCUGCGGCCGCGCUGCGCGGGCUGGUGCGUGCUGCGCUUCGCCGCGGCCCUGGGCGGCGCCUCGGCCGCGGCGGGCUGUCUGUGUUUGGCGCUGGGCGCCGCGCGCAUCCGCGCCGAGGUCGCGAACGCCGCGGGCGCGCUCGGCGCGCUGCUCAUGGCGCUCUUCGGGGGCGUCGCCGUGUCGGUCGAGUCCAAGGCCCACGACACGGCGGGCGGCCUCGCGCAGGGCGGGGCGGACGCCCUGGGCGCCCUGUCGCGCGCGGCGACGGGCGCGGCGGCGCGCGCCGACGCGCUCUUCCACGCGUACCGCGCCGCGGUCGUCGGCGAGUUCGCCGGCGCGCGCUACGGCGACCACCCCCCGGCGAACGUCGCCGACGCCGUGCCCGGCGGGCCCCAGUACUACGUCAUCGACGCGCACAAGUGCGACCCGACGUUCCCCUCGGACCUCUACGUCACGGUGACGCAGAUCCUGUCGACGCUCGGCCUGCCCACGGUGUCGAGCGCGGCGGACGCGGCCCUCCUGCGGCUGGGCCUCGUCGUCGUCGCCGCGCUGGGCGUCGCGGCGCUCGCGCACGCGCUCCGCUCCGCCGCCGACGUCGACGACGCCGCCGAGAAGCGCCCGUUCGCGGAGCCCGCGGCGCGCGAGGCGCCGGAAGACGCGGGCGCCGACGAGGAGAACCCGGCGGCGCCGGACGCGCUGGCGGCGCCCCUGCUGGACGACGGCGAGGAGGACGACGACGACGCCGCGGACGGCGAGCCCGGGCGGCUCGCGUGCUCGCGCGUCGGUUUAAAAUUGACGACGGGGCGCGUCGUCCUCGAGCAGGUCUCGCUGGAGGUCGCCGCGGGCGGCCUGACGGGCCUGCUGGGGCCGAGCGGCGCGGGCAAGUCGUCGCUGCUCGCGGUGCUGAGCGGCCGGCGGACGUCGGGCGCGCCGUCGGGCCUCGUGGCGCUCGACGGCGCCGUGGCGACGCCGGCGCAGCGCCGCUUCGCCGCGGCCUUCGCGCCCCAGGACGACAUCCUGCCGCCGCACCUGACCGUCGCCGAGCACCUGCGCUUCCACGCGCGGCUCCGGCUGCCGGCGCGCUGGCCGAAGAAAAGGGCCGCGGCGCGCGCGCUGCGCGAGGCCGAGGCCCUGGGCCUGACGGGCGCGGCGCUCCACGCGACGCGCCUCUGGCGCUGCUCGGGCGGCCAGCGGCGGCGCGCGACGCUCGCGACCGCGCUGCUCGCGCGGAAGCGCUUCGUCCUCGCGGACGAGCCGACGACGGGCCUCGACGCGGCCACGGCCCUCAAGGUUGUGGGCCGCCUCGCGGCCCUCGCCCGGGGCGGCACGACGGUCGUCUGCGUGCUGCACCAGCCGCGGCGCGAGAUCGUGCGCCUGCUCGACCGCGUCGCGCUCGUCGCCGGCGGCCGCCUCCGCUUCCUCGGGCCGCCGGCGGACGUCGACGCCGCCGCGCCGGACGCCGCAAACCCCGCCGACGCGCUGCUGGACCUGUCGGCGUCGGCCGAGCGCCUCGGCGCGCUCGCGGCGCCCGCGCGGCCGCGGCCCUUCCGCGGCGCGUUCGUCGCGCCGGCCGUGCCGGCGGCGCGGCGGCCGCCCUACGGCUACGCGACGCUGCGCCUCCUGGCGGCGCGCGAGUGGCGGGGCGUGCGCCGCGACGCGAGCCUCCUCGCGCUGCACUACGGGCCCGCCGCGGCCGUCGGCCUCGUGCUGGGCCUGGCCUUCGCCAACCUGCCGGCGCGCAACGGGUCCGCGGCGGGCAUCCAGGACCGGCUGGGCCUGGCCUUCGUGCUCUGCGUGGCCGUGGGCCUGUCGGCGCUGUCGGCGCCGCCGCGCGCGCGGCGCGCGGCGCGGCUGCUCGCGCGCGAGCGCGACUCGUACGGCGGGCCGGCGGCGUUCCUGGCCAUGUGCGGCGUGGGCGACGUCCUGCCGCUGCGGCUGCUGCCGCCGGUGCUCACGGCGGGCCUCGCGCUCGCCGUCGCGCGCGGCGCGCCGACGGCCGCGGCUGGGCUAGGCUUCAUCGCCGCGGCGCUGCAGCUCCACUACGCCUUCGCGGCGCUGGGCCGGUGCCUCGGGGCCCUGGCGCCCUCGGACUCGGUGGCGAACGCGGCCGCGUCGCUCGUGCUCCUCUUCAACCUGCUGCUCUGCGGCUUCUUCGCGGACCCCGACGACCUGCCGGCCGCGUGGCGCCGCGUGGCGCGCGCGCUGCCGGCGGCGUCGGGCUACGAGGCCCUCGUGGUCCACGAGUUCUCGGGCAUCCCGGAGCUGUACCUGACGUCCAAGGUCGGCGCGCAGAAGUACCGGUCGGCGCCGCUCGCGGGCGACGCGGUCCUGCGCUGCUUCGGCUUCGACCCCGCGGCGGCGCCGGCGGCCCACCUGCGGCUCUUCCUCUUCGCGGUGGCGUACGAGUGCCUGACGUGCUUCGUGUUCUUCUGGUUUGGGUUUGAAAGCCGCUGAAGGUCGCGUGUAUGUUGGGCACGCCUGGCCUCUGAGUAAAUACUAUCCCUGUUACUAGUUUACAAGUCGCACCGG